AUGGACGUUCCACGCCGCUCUUUCGCUGCGUCUCUCUCGCCUCUCCGGCUGAUCGAUGGACUCCCGCGUCGGAGGAGUUUCAAUUAUAAUCAAAUGCCUGAAGAGCCCAUCAAACUCACUGUUCUCAAGCUUGAUGGAUCUUCCUUUGGUAUUCAAGUGUUGAAGACAGCCACAGUAGGGGAGCUUAAGAUGGCUGUAGAAGCUGCUUUUGCUCACUUGCCUAUCACAGGCCCUGGCAAGAUCUCUUG